AUGACAGCACGCGAUAUGCAAUUGAUCAGGUACGGGGACGGAGAGAGUGAAAACUAUUCAAGUGACUCAAAUACUUAUAGCUAUAACAUAUCUGAAUGUGAAUCAGAGAAUUGCAGUGACUAUGGUUCCGACUAUGAGUCAGAUAUCGAGACCAAUACUAUUGAGACUCCAGUAUCCCAACCCCCUAAUAUAGAAAACAAAUUUCUAAUUCAGCAUAUUCCAUGGAGCAAAGUCUGCAAAAUCGCUUCCUCACCCACCAGAGAUAUGUCGAAUAAUAGAGGAUCAUUAGAGGAAAUACAUCUAUGGGAUUAUCUCUUACCUAAUUACGGAGCAAAAGAAGGAAUUAGUCUACUUGAUGCAUAUACACAAGAGGCAUUAGCAGAUAAAUUAGUUAUUCAGGUGGAGCAAGAAGUGUAUGGAUUACCUGGAAUUCACGAGUAUAUUAACGGACAACGACCCCUAAGGACUGUAAUUGAUAUCGAUGCAUCACGGGAAGUUAUGGAAGCUGAAAAAGUUAAGGCAAGAGAUUAA